AUGGCCUCCAAAAUCGCCAUCAUCAUCACCAGCACCCGCACCCCCCGCGUCGGCCCUCACGUCGCCACCCUCGUCCACAACAUCCUCAAAGCCUCCCCCUCCGCCGCCUCAUCAACCUUCUCCAUCGUCGACGUCGACACCUUCAAGCUGCCCGUCUUUGACGAGCCCGUCGUGCCCGCAAACGUCCCCGCGCGGGGCUCCUUUGUCCACGACCACUCCAAGAAGUGGUCCGCCGAGAUCGCCUCCCACGACGCCUACGUCCUCAUCGCCCCCGAGUACAACUACGGCGUCGCGGGCAGCACAAAGAACGCCAUCGACUACCUCAAGAACGAGUGGGACGGCAAGCCCGCCGCCAUUGUCACCUACGGCAUCCAGGGCGGCAAGAUGGCCUCUGAGCAGAUCAAACAGUCGCUUGAGGGCAUGGGCCUUCGCGUCUCGGCCACCAGGCCUCAACUUGCCUUUGCUGGAGGCCUUGGCCCCGAUACCUUUGGCGCUGUGGGCGAGGGAAAGCUGGGAGACGCUUCCAAUAAGGAGUGGGAAGAGAAGCACAGCGAGGAGAUUGUCCAGUCUUACAAGGAGAUUCUGGAUGCCCUUGCCAACCCGGUCGAGAAGAAGGAGUAA